UAACGUCAAACAUGCUCGAAUGCCGUUACAUGGAUCUCAAAGGAGUCCCAACAACAUACACCAUAUAUAUAUAUAAAAAAAAAAUCUUACAGAAAUGAAUUCGUAAUAAAAUAAAUAAAUAAAAAUCAUUUUGAGCGUUUUUCACGGGUGUAAACGCGAAGCUACUGCGGGGCGCAUGGGAGUUGUAGUUUUGUUGGUGCUGUUCCCUAAUGCGCGGCUACGCUGGGUAAGGAGGCUGGGAACUACAACUCCCAGCGCGCCCCGGGCGCGACCCCACUGCUCUCCGCCUUUGCCGAGGGACCACAACAUGGCGGACGUUUGGUGAAGAAGUUGAUAACAUGGAUCUCUGAAAGAGGGAAGCGAGAGAGAAAGAGAGAAAGAAAGAGAGAGGGAUAGAGGAAUACAAUUUCAAAACAAAUACAAAUAAAACAAAAGAGGACAUUUUCAUUAAUUCCGGGGAUCGUCCCCCCCCUCUCUCUCUCUCUAUAUAUAUAAUCCCCGACGCUACAUCAACACCAUCACCAAAAAAAAACAACCAAAAAAAAAAGAUUUUUAAAAAAACAACAAAAACUGCAAAAUAUAAAUCCUAAUCCGGGUUUGGCAUGGAGGAAAAUCAAUAGAACACCUCCAAAAUAAACACAUAAAUAUAUACAGAUUUAUAUCGAGUUCGUACAACAAAAUUAAACUUUUUUUUUUUUUUUUUUUUUUAACGAGGAUUUUUUAAAAAAAAUUGUAUUUUUAUUAUUAUUAUUAUUUAAAUUGCUCGGCGAUAACAGGAAGAAAAUUGUGCAACUACUAAUAAUACUAAUUAUUAUUAUUAUUAUUAUGGGUGUGCAAGGUUUUCAAGAGUACGUGGAGAAGCGGUGCCCCGGAGCCGCUGUCCCCGUGGAUCUGCUGAAGCUCUCCCGCACGGUGGCCCGCCAGCACCCGCACCACCCGGCCCUGGCUCCCCCGCCGGCCGCCCGGGUCCUGAUCGACGCGGACUCCGGCUUGCAGCGGCUCUACGGCGGCUACCAGACGGACUGGGCCUGCGGCGGGCAGUGGAACGCGAUGCUGGGGUACCUGGCCGCGCUGUCGCAGGCGUGCCUCUACGAGGGCGGGCUGGAGCUGGUGGUGGUCUUCAACGGGACCCUCGGGAAAGACCGCUGGCCGGAGUGGGCGAAGAGGGCGCAGGGAGAGCGGCAGACCGCCCAGCUCAUCGUCAACCACGUCGCCAACAAAGAGACCCCCCCGCCCAGAGCCUGGUUCCUACCGCCGGCCUGCCUGAGCCACUGUAUCCGGCUGGCCAUGAUCCGCUUUCGGGUCCGGGUGGUGCAGUCUCUGGAGGAUCACCACCAGGAGGCGCUGUCUCUCUACAGGGAUGGCGGUUUCCAGGGGCUGAUCGCUCACGACUCGGAGUUUGCUCUGUGCAGCGUCCCGGCUUACUUCAGCUCCCACGCGCUCAAGCUCAGCUGGAACGGGAAGAAUCUGACCACCAACCAGUACCUGCUGCCCGAGGUGGCCAAGCAGCUGGGUCUGAGACCAGGGCACCUGCCCACCUUCGCUGCCCUGCUGGGGAACCACAUUCUCCCAGAUGAAGACCUCGCUGCGUUCCACUGGAGUCUGCUGGGGCCGGAGCACCCGCUGGCAUCGCUCAAGGUCCGCGCUCACCAGCUGGUCCUGCCUCCCUGCGAGGUGGUCAUCAAGGCUGUCUCCGAGUACGUCUCCUCCAUCAAAGACCUGUCCAACCUGGACGCAGUGGGGAGGGACGUCUUCAAGCAGUCCCAGUCCAGGACAGAAGACAAGGUCCAGCGUUUCAAGAAAGCUGUGGAGUAUUUCUCGUCCGCCAGCAAACCCAGACCCCUGUCCAUGGGACCCUCUCCCUACCUGUUUCCAGGAUUUGGGCAGGGUAAUUUCGGAGGUCCUCCCAGCCACAUGGGGGCGAUGCAGCCCAACAGACCCCUGUUACCUCCUCCUCAGGUGACGGGCGGGAAGCUGGCCUAUCAGAGCGGCUCCUUUCCGGGGGGCCCGCCCCCCCCGCUGCUCUUCCCUCCCCACCCCCUGCAGGAAUGCAGCGACGGGCUGAAGCCCCCCUUCUCAGACUGGGCCGCCCCCUACGACAGCGCCACGGCAACCGGAACCCUGGGGCACAGGCAGCCCAAUCACCACGCAGGCCCCGCCCCCGGCCCCGCCUCCUCACCGUCCUCGUCUUCCGAGGGGGAGGAGCCUAAUGGAGCCAGUGCAAACCAUGUCCCAGACAGGUCCAGCUCGAAGGGGGGCUGGGACGAGUCCAGGGGGGAGUGGGGGAAAGGGGCUGGGGGUGGAGACGGGGGUCACCAAGGCAACGGGAGCCCCCAGAUCCCCUCUCUGCUCUCCAUGGCGACGCGCACCCACAUGGAUAUCACCACCCCGCCGCUGCCCCUGGUGGCGGCCGAGGUGCUGCGCGUGGCUGAGCACCGACACCGCCGAGGACUCAUGUACCACAUCUACCACGUGCUGACCAAGGGGGAGCUGAAGAUCCCCGUGUGCAUCGAGGACGAGUGCACCCCCGAGCUGCCCCCCGCGGCCCUCCUCUUCCGUUCCGCACGCCAGCUUGUGUACGGAGUCCUCUUCAGCCUGGCUGAGACCCAGAGGAGAGGAGAGAGACUGAGUCUGAGGAGGAGGAUGCCAGUGGAGGUGCCGCCGGUCAUCAUUAAGGAGUGGUCCUCGAACAAAGCCCGGUCCGCCCUGACCCCCGAGCUGGUCCCGGCGCUGACCUUCCGGGAGUGGACCUGUCCGAACCUCAGGAAGCUGUGGCUGGGCCGGGCCGUGGAGGACAAGAACCGCAGGAUGAGGGUCCUCGCCUGCCUCAAAUCAGACAGCCCUGGCAUGCUGAACCCAGCCAGCAUCCCCACCCACCUGCUACUGCUGUGCUGCGUGCUGAGGUACAUGCUGCAGUGGCCCGGGGGCAGGGUUCUGCAGAGACACGAGCUCGAUGCUUUCCUGGCGCAGGCCGUGUCCAGCCAGCUGUGACCAGACCAGCUGCAGGAGCUCAAGAUUGAGAAGCUGGACUCGCGAGGGGUGCAGCUGGCAGCCCUGUUCAUGAGCGGGGUCGACACUGCCCUGUUUGUCAACGACGCGUGCGGGCAGCCCGUCCCCUGGGAGCACUGCUGCCCCUGGAUCUACUUCGACGGGAAACUCUUCCAAAGCAAGCUGGGCAAGGCAGCCCGGGACAGGGGAGCCCUGCUGGAGCUCUGUGAGGGGCAGGUGGAACAGGCUGCCAAGGUUGAGAAGAUGAGGCAGGCCAUUCUGGAGGGGAUCAACAUGAACCGCCAGCCCCCACCUCCCCCCCCACUGCCUCCCCCUGCCUACAUGCCCGCCAUGGGGCCUCCCUUCUACCCCGUCCCCCUGUACCCCCGAACCCCAGGCAACCUGCCACCUGGGCACCCCCACCACAGAGGACGCACCUUCCCAGGAAUCCAGGCUAUCCCUCCCCAGGGAGGGAAGUUGGAGAUUGCCGGCAUGGUUGUAGGUCAAUGGGCCGGGAACAAACCAUUCCGCGGACGGGGGGGAUUCAACAUGCAGGUGGUGUCGGUGGGAGGAGGAGGCAGAGGCCGGGGCAGAGAACAGCCGGGUAAACCGAGAGAAGGGAAGAAGCAGACUACAGGGCGAGCGCAGCUUUCUCCAGGCCCCGCCUCCAACGGAACCCCCAAGCCGGUGGAAGGUUCCAAGGGGAGGGGCAGCAGUGCCGGGGGAGGAGCUCAGCAGCUGAAUGGCAGCGCAGGGCCGGCGGUGAUCGCAGCGGGGCCCCCUGGCGGACAGGAGGAGGAAGUGCAGCCCUCACAGACGCACAGCAACAGCGAUGAUGACGGCGACAACAACAACAGUGCCUUCGCUCUGAGAGACAGUGACGCAGCAGGAGGAGGCGGGGCAGGGGGAGGGGCCAGCAACGACAGCAGUGACGCCGCCUGUUGUCACGACGACCGGCUGGGAGGGGCCGCGUCUGCCUUCCAGAAAGAGGAGUAACUAAAUAAAAAUUAAAGCCAGUGAAAUUGUAAUUGCACAGUUUGGCCAGGUCUAAAGCAGGGGUCAGUAAAGAGGCGCAGGUUUGAGGGAAGAUAACCGACACAGUGGGUAUUGAAAUGUAUCGAUGUAAUGCCAAAAUUAAGAGGAAAAAUAUCAUUUCAAAAGAAUAUUUAUCCCAAUAGUAAUUAUUAUUAUAACAAUGUAAUAAUAAUGUAUUAUUAUUAGUAGUAGUAUUAUUAUUAUUAUUAUCAAUUAAAAUCAAUAAUUGACUGUUCCUUGUCGUUUGGUACUCAGAGCCCCCCCACACCGCCCCCAUCUCCCCCUAUUUAGCCCUGGCUGGCUGUGUUCUUGUUAUCGCUGGUCUCCGAACGAGACAGACAGUGUGCGUGCGUGCGUGUGUGUCUGUGUCUAUAUAUAUAUAUAUAUAUAAAAUGAAAACAAAAAUGGGAUGUAUUGUUCACAAAAGGGUUAAAUGAUUUUUAAAAAAUAUAUAUAUAUAUUUUUUAUUUCAGGACCACUGUGUAUGACUUUUCUUUCUGCACAGCUAGGGUCUGAAAUGUCCCGAAAUAAAUACUUUUAAAAAUCAUUUAAACGUUUUGUGUACAUAAUAUAUAUAUAUAUAUAUAUAUACACACACUCUCACACACACACCAUCAGAAUGUAAUAUAUAGAUCUAUAUAGAUAUAUUGAUUAGGGGUGUGCUGAUAAUCAGACUAGUAAUUGCCUUUGAGAAGUAUUUAUCUGCAGGUGUUCAAAUAAAACCAUUCAUUUCAGAACAAGAAAACCCGUCCUCCCCUCGCCUUUACAACCGCGCACCCACUUCACUCACAGUGAAAGUUGUGUUUUUCCCGGUCAGUAUUUACCGCCUCGGUAACAAGCUGGGAAAUUUUUUUUUUUUUUAAAUCGUAAAGGCGAGGGAAGGACGGCUUUUUAUUUAAAAAAUAAAUAAAUUUAAAAAAAACGCCCAGCGAAAUGGUCUUUUCAAUACCUGCUGUUUUUUUUUUUUUUUUUUUUUUUUUAAAUAAAUACUUCUAAAAAGAAAGUUAUUUCGGAGUAUUCGUGCGACAGUGAGCGCUCCCUGGUGUUUUCUCUGGACACAUCGGUCCCGAGCCUACAACAGCAGCGUGGCGCAGGUGCGACUUCAGUGGCGCCUGACAUCCUGACGGUAGAGAACCCGAGGCACUGCCGCCUGAACACUUUUAUAUAUCGGAGAAUAUUCGGUUCGUGUUGUUUCGGGUUGGUUGGUUUGUUUGUUUUUUAUAUAAAAGAGGUCGGUUACCCUAACUUUUAAAGUUUAAAACAAAAAGCAACAUUUUUUUAGAAGCUUGAAAACCGCUGAAGCAGGGCGGGCGGUCAGUCGGUCAGUCGGGCAGUCGGUCCUCCUGCUGUCGCUGAGAAUCUGUUUUAUGUUUCUCCUCUGACAAAAAAAAAGUGACAAGGAGAUUCAAUUUUUUUUUUUUUUUUUAAAA